AUGGAUGAAUAUGAUGCCUUGCAAUACAUCUUUGGAGACAGUCUGAGGCACCGCACAGAGGACACAGGGUCUGUCUAUGAGAUAUCUGUUGGAGAGAAGCGCUUCGAAUUCCUCUGCAGAGAGGACUAUCCAAACAGCAUGCCGGAAGUGCUCUCCAAUGCGGGGGAUGACGUUCUGGCCGAGGCGGCUAGAGAUGCAAGAAAGUACAUUUCAACGCCGAUGAUAUUUGACAUAAUCAGACUGGUUGUUAGAAAGCUUGAGAAGAGCGGCAUAAAAGGAAACGAGAAAAGAACAUCAACCAGCUGGAGUGCAGACAACGGGCACAAGAUUACAGAGGAAGACUUCAGGAACUGGAAGAUGAAGGCUCCAAGGACAGAAAAGCCAAGAGCAGGAAAAACAGGAAAGGAGAUCUUCUUGGAGAGAAGGAGAAAUAAAGAAGACGUCCAGGACGACAUGUAG